UGAACAACCAAACGAUACUGAAGAUAUAGAUUUUUGUUUGCGCAGAUUCUUGUCUUCCCUGUUAUCUCUGUUACAAUACAACAGAAAAAACAAGUCUUUCUGUAUCUUCAGUUUUGUUCCAGCAAUAAUGGAUUUGAUGUUCCCUUUGAAACCGCACAGUGUUAUUCUCAAAGCACCACUCUUUUCUUCUCUGUCGUUCCCUCUUCCUCUCAGGUUCCGUGCUGUCACCGCUUUCAAGCAUGUAAAUAUUCAAUGCGAGCUUGAAGGUCGACCCAAUGGUGCUCUCUCCGGUGGUGAUUUCGACCCUCGCUUCAUUGAUAGGCAAAAAGCACUAGAAGCAGCAAUGAAUGAUAUAAACAGCUCCUUUGGAAAGGGAAGUGUUACAAGACUGGGCAGUGCUGGUGGAGCUUUGGUUGAAACUUUUCCCAGUGGUUGUUUGACCUUGGACUGUGCUUUAGGUGGUGGUCUUCCUAAAGGAAGAAUUGUAGAGAUAUUUGGACCAGAAAGUAGUGGGAAAACCACCCUAGCUCUUCAUGCUAUUGCAGAAGUGCAGAAGUUAGGAGGCAAUGCGAUGCUUGUUGAUGCAGAGCAUGCUUUUGAUCCUGCAUAUUCUAAAGCAUUAGGAGUGGAUGUAGAAAACUUAAUUGUAUGCCAACCUGAUCAUGGAGAAAUGGCCCUUGAGAUUGCAGACCGAAUGUGUAGAUCUGGUGCCAUAGAUCUCAUUUGUGUGGAUUCUGUCUCAGCUCUCACUCCACGAGCUGAAAUUGAAGGGGAAAUUGGAAUGCAACAAAUUGGAUUACAAGCUCGUCUUAUGAGCCAAGCUUUGCGUAAGAUGUCUGGAAAUGCAUCUAAAGCUGGUUGUACUCUUGUAUUUUUAAAUCAAAUAAGAUAUAAGAUUGGUGUCUAUUAUGGAAAUCCAGAAGUGACCAGUGGAGGAAUUGCAUUGAAGUUCUUUGCAUCACUUCGGCUAGAAGUUCGUCCUAUAGGGAAGAUAAAGUCUGCUAAAGGAGAUGAAGAAAUUGGCCUUAAAGUUCGUUUAAGAGUGCAAAAGAGCAAGGUGUCAAGGCCUUACAAAAUAGCUGAAUUUGAAAUUAUAUUUGGAGAGGGUAUCAGUAAGCUGGGCUGCAUUUUAGAUUGUGCAGAAAUGACGGAUAUUGUCUCAAAGAAGGGCUCUUGGUACAGCUAUGGAGACCAUCGGUUGGGACAGGGAAGGGACAAAGCAAUACAAUACUUGAAGGAGAACACGUAUCUUUUAGAAGAAAUUGAAAAGGUAGUUAGGUCUUCAUUGGUUGAUGGAAGUAACCAAGCAAGCCUUGCACACAUGAAGAACAGUCCAGUGCUACAUCAAGAUGAUGAUAUAUUUGAGGAAAGUCAGUGAUCAGAGACUUGUCACUUAUUUGGGUGGUUGGUUCCAGAAACUGGGAAAUUUUUUCUUCCCACCAUAUGUAAGUGAAGUUGUUGUGGCUUUCAUGAUUACACCAAUUGUUGGCUCAUCCAUCUUGAUCCAUUGGUAAGUGUUAAGGAAACUGAUGGAAUGAGACAUGAUUUUGAAGGACUGAUUUUCAACCCAGAAUGUUCUUUGAAUCCCAAGUAAUGCAAUCUAGAUUUCUAUUUUUGGUUGAGUUAUAGCUGAAAAACCUUUGAUUCAA